GGAAGAUAUACCGGAUACUACACAUUUGCAAUUAGCAGAGCGUGCGCUUCAGGGAGUUCUCUCUGAACCAGCUCGCGCGGCCUCAACAUGCCUCCCAAGACUGAUAAGAAGAAGGAUUCGGGGAAGGCUAAGAAGGACAAGGACCCCGCUAACAAGUCUGGAGGCAAAGCCAAGAAGAAGAAGUGGUCCAAAGGAAAGGUGAGGGACAAGCUCAACAACCUGGUCCUCUUCGACAAGGCCACCUACGAAAAGCUGUACAAGGAAGUGCCCAACUAUAAACUCAUCACACCUGCAGUUGUUUCUGAGAGGCUAAAGAUCAGAGGCUCUCUAGCGAGGGCAUCCCUCCAGGAACUGCUAUCGAAAGGUAUGAUCAAGCUCGUAUCCAAGCACAGAGCGCAGGUGAUCUACACGCGGAACACCAAGGGCACAGAGGAGGGUGCACCAGAGGAGAAGGCAUAAGGUCCUGCUUGUUGGAAUCAAGUUAUUUGUAAAAUAAACAAGGAAAUCACUUGUAUAUGGUCUUUUUAUUUUAUUUUUUAGAUCUUGUGCAUAGUAAUUGCUGUUAAUUAUAUAAACGAACCAAGGAAACACUAGCCAUUAGGCUUGAAGUUUAUAAAUGUGUAUAUACUGUAAUUUCUACGGUGGAUAUAAUCACACAAACUAAUGUACACAGUAGCUUUUGAUAUUGUAAGUAGCUGUGGUUGGGUAUUUCAACAAGUAUUAUGUACCCAAUGCGCAGCCCAUGGAAACUGACUUAAUGUUUUUAUGUAUGUAACUUCAAAUUGGAUAAAUCAUGACAUAAAGAAAUAGCCUAUAGGCCUAGUAGAAUGUGUGUAACCUAGAUUGAGUCAAAAUGAGUGUGUAGAACUGGACAAAUCGCUUCAAAUGAAUGUAACGUCUUAAGUGUGCUCUGUGAAACGUCUAAACAAAACAAAUGUACCUGUCCA